AAAAUCAGAUGAAUUAUUUCAAGAUAAAAUGAUAUACAAAAUCUAAAAAUAGAUUGCACCAGAUGAUAUAAAUAGAAUGACCUCAUAAUUUAUGUGUUACCUUAUCAUCACUCACCAGUCAAGAUAGAGAAGACACAAAGUGAGUGAUUGUUAGAGUUCCAUUUCAAGGAACAACAACACACAAAUAAGAGAUAAUCAUGGGUGUGAUUAAAUCAGCUAUAGCAGAUGCAAUUUUAACAUCAAUAUUUGUUUUCUUCAUCUCAACAUUAAGAAUCAUCUCUACAAAAACAUCUUUAUUUCUGAAUCUUCAACCAGUUUCGCUUCCAGCCCUAUUCAUCACAACUAUCCUAAACACAAUAAUCAUCCUCACAGUAACCCUAAUAGGAAGAAUCUUAGGUGGUGCAAGCUUCAACCCUUCAUCCACAGUUUCCUUCUACACAUUAGGACUCAGACCCGAUUCAUCUCUCCUAUCAAUGGCCAUAAGAUUUCCAGCUCAAGCAAUAGGCGGAGCUAUGGGCAUCAAAUCCAUCCUUUACGUCAUGCCAAGUGAAUACCUACACAUGAUGAAAGGUCCUUCUUUGAAGGUGGAUUUGCAUACAGGAGCUAUAGCCGAAGGGGUUUUGAGUUUUACUCAUAACUUUGUUAUUUUAAUUCUUGUGCUUAAGGGUCCUAAGAAUCCUUGGUUGAAGGUUUAUUUGCUCUCUGUGACUACUUUGGUUUUGGUUAUUUUGGGUUCUGGUUAUACAGGACCUUCUUUGAACCCUGCUAAUGCUUUUGGUUGGGCUUAUAUCAACAAUAAGCAUAAUAGUUGGGAGCAGUUUUAUGUUUUUUGGAUAUGUCCUUUGAUUGGAGCUUCUCUUGCUGCUUUGGUUUAUCGCUUUGUGUUUAUGUCACCAGUUAAGGAGAAGAAAGCUUGAGUGGAUGGAUAAGCUCUAACUCUAAAUCUCAAGGUGUAACUCUAAUUUAGAAUAAUAUCAAGGUGUUUGUUUGUAUUUUACUACAAUAUAUCAAGCUUUGCUGCAUAAUUGUAACUCUAGUUUAGAACCAUUAGGGAGGAUAACCUUGUUAAGACUCUACAUUGUAAUGAAUGUCAAUUUUGCCAUGUAAGUCUUUGCUAAUAUUGAAAAAAGCUUCUGA